AUGCCUCAAUACGCCCAAACCCAGCCCUCUGGCUUCAGAAACACCAUCGAACGCGUCGCCAUCGUCGGCGCCGGCGGCACCAUCGGCUCGCACAUCACCCACGCCCUCCUCCAAACCGGCAAACACACCAUAACGGCGCUCUCCCGGGCCAACAGCACCAACAAACUGCCCCCCGGCAUCCGCAUCGCCCCCGUCGACUACUCCGACCCCUCGACCCUGACCGCCGCGCUCACCGGCCAACAAAUCCUCAUCAUCACCAUGUCCCCCACCGCGCCCCGCGACACCCACAGCAAGCUCGUGCAAGCGGCCGCCCGCGCCGGCGUCCCCUACAUCAUGCCGAACAGCUACGGCAGCGACAUCGAGGACGUCGCGCUCGGCGAGGACACGCUGCUGGGCCCCGUGGCAAAGGCCAGCCGCGACGAGAUCCAGAGUCUGGGCAUGCAGUGGGUCAGCGUCUGCUGUGGCUUCUGGUACGAGUAUAGUCUUGCGGGCGGGGCUGCGCGGUUUGGAUUCGAUUUCGAUAACCGUGCCCUGACUUUUUAUGAUGAUGGGAAUACCAUGACUUCGACUUCAACGUUGGUGCAGGUCGGGCGGGCUGUGGCCACGGUUCUCAGUUUGCCUGAGUUUCCUGAUGACGAAAAUGAUACCAGCUUGACGCUGUCGAACUUCCUGAACAACGCCGUGUACGUCAAGAGCUUCGCCCUCAGCCAGAGAGAUAUGUUCGAGAGCGUCAAGCGCGUGACCGGCACCGUGGACGCCGAUUGGACCAUUACGCAGCAGGACACGAAGGCGCGGUACGAGGAGGGUCUUGCGCAGGUGAAGACCGGGAAUAUGGCGGGUUUCAGCAAGUUGUUGUACGCGAGGGUGUUUUAUCCGGGUGGGUCUGGUGGGUUGGAGGCGAAGGCGCAGAAUGAGCUGCUGGGGUUGCCGAGGGAGAGUCUGGACGAGGCGACUCGGGCGGGGAUUGAGUUGGUGAAAGAGUUGUCGCUUCGGACUGAGCGGAUGGCGUCUUAG